AUGCUAGUGAAUGCUCAGAUUAUUGAAGGAAGGUUUCUUCCUAAUGUCAGGCAAACUGGGCACCGCAAGAGGGCUCCAAACUGGACACAAACACAAGUUAAUACGCUAAGAGAUUUGAUUAUGUCGCUUGACCACGGUAGAGUCAAUUCAACAUUAAAUACUCUUAUGAAAACUAAGGAGGGGCGGGAGAAGAAAAGGAGGGCGUGGGAUCUGGUUUGUUGCCGUUUCAAAGAAAUUCCUGGGAACCAGGAGUUUACAGUUAAACACUUGGAGAUGAAAUGGAAAAAUCUUAAAAAUGCAACAAAGGAGAAAUUAGACGAGGCGAGAUAUUCUACACUCCAAAGGAGCCAUAAGGCGGCCUGCUCCAAGACCGGAGGGGGUCCAGCUCCCCAGCCUCCUCCUGGCAUGGACGGUGAAGUAACCCUAAUGGCUACAGGGAUAGUAGAACCCAGCUAUGGGUACCUGGAGAAGGAGGAUGAUGUACGUUCUUCCCUACAUGUGACGACACCGCCUCGUACAUCCUCUCCAGUCUUCUCUGAUUCUCCAUUCUUCAAUCACUUACAGUCUCCCAUCCCCUCCGGUUCAAACGCAAGUACCCAAGAUUAUCCCAUCCCCUCCGGUUCAAACUCCGCCCCCAUCUCCAGAUCAGACGUCAUUACCUCAGCUUCUAUCAUAUCCUCUGGUUCAAACACAAGUACCCAAGAUUCUCCCAUCCCCUCCGGUUCAAACUCCGCCCCCAUCUCCAGGUCAAACGCCAGCACCUUUCGAUCAUCUAACCCCUCCGGUUCAAACUCCGCCCCCAUCUCCAGAUCAAACGUCAUUACCUCAGCUUCUAUCAUAUCAUCUGGUUCAAACACAAGUACCCAAGAUUCUCCCAUCCCCUCCGGUUCAAACUCCACCCCCAUCUCCAGGUCAAACGCCAGCACCUUUCGAUCAUCUAACCCCUCCGGUUCAAACUCCGCCCCCAUCUCCAGAUCAGACGUCAUUACCUCAGCUUCUAUCAUAUCCUCUGGUUCAAACACAAGUACCCAAGAUUCUCCCAUCCCCUCCGGUUCAAACUCCACCCCCAUCUCCAGGUCAAACGCCAGCACCUUUCGAUCAUCUAACCCCUCCGGUUCAAACUCCGCCCCCAUCUCCAGAUCAAACGCCAGUACCUUUCGAUCAUCUAACCCCUCCGGUUUUAACUCCGCCCCCAUUUCCAGAUCAAACGGCAGCACCCCCUACAGAUCUGUUUUCCCCCCGGGAGCUCUGGUCAACUCCCGGUCAUUUCAAACACCAACAAUAUCCCGUAAAAACCCCACUUCUACCUACAUCCCCCCCCCUUCUUCUCCAACCCCUGAACCUCGUUUAAUGGGAGCCCCUCCAGGUCAUAGAAUCACAACCUCUAGCGCUGAAGAAACUCCAACUACUGCUCCUGAAAAGACUACUGGAUACUAUGAGAUAAAAGAGUUUCGUCGCCAAAAGAAAGUGCAACAUGCCAAAUUAUAUAAACUUGAAUGCGAACUGAAGUUUAAAAAGCAUGCCGCAGAGCAAAUGGGAAUAGCUCUACCACCAACACCACCAAACGUGUUUAUCUAUUCUUCUGAUAGGAAUGUUAUUUUUGAUUUUUUUGGAAUUGUUUUCAAGAAAUUUAUUUCAAGGCUUUGGGGUAAUUUUCUACAAAUGCACUUACAUUUAUUUUGAAAUAGUACUGUAUGUUACAAAAAGAAGCCAAUGAAUUUUCAUCUGAAUAUGUAGUCACAUGUUUAUUGGUUUAAUAUAAUACAUUUUAAUUAAAUAACCCCCCCCCCCACAAAAAAUAAAU